ACUUCAAAAUCUUCAGAAAAACCCUGAUCCAACACAAACCCAUUUCACAUUUCGCCUCCAUCUCAAAUGGGCAUAUGUUGGUCUUUACUAAAACCUCGAAGCAACGAAAUCCCGAUAUCAUCCCCAUCUCAUACUCAUAAUCUCCCUGAUGAUCAAAGAGCAUACCAUCCUUUUUCAAGCAAGUUUGAUCCACAAAAACCCCAUGCAGAUGGAUCUAUUUUAGGAAAGGGGUAUGUUGACCUAAAGGCGACUUACCAUAUUGGGAAAGAAUUAGGAAGAGGGCAGUUUGGUAUCACAUAUCUUUGCACUGAAAAGGCCACAGGAUUGAAGUAUGCAUGCAAAUCGAUAUCGAAAAGGAAGCUUGUGACGACGAAGGAAAUGGAAGAUGUAAGGAGGGAGAUUAUGUUAAUGCAACAUUUGACCGGGCAGCCGAAUAUUGUGGAGUUUAAAGGGGCAUAUGAGGAUGAAAUUAGUGUGCAUUUGGUGAUGGAGUUGUGUAGUGGUGGUGAGCUUUUUGAUAGGAUAACUAAAAGAGGGAGUUAUUCUGAGAAAGAGGCAGCAAAGAUCGGGAGGCAGAUUGUGAAUGUGGUGCAUGCUUGUCAUUUCAUGGGGGUUAUGCAUAGAGAUUUGAAGCCUGAGAAUUUCUUGAUGGUUAGUCAAGAUGAAGAGGCUCCAUUAAAGGCUACUGAUUUAGGGCUUUCUGUCUUCAUUGAACAAGGAAAAAGUUAUAAAGAGAUUGUUGGAAGUGCAUAUUAUGUGGCACCGGAGGUGUUACGAAAACGUUAUGGGAAGGAGAUAGACGUGUGGAGUGCGGGUGUUAUAUUGUACAUUCUUCUUAGCGGUGUCCCUCCUUUCUGGGCCGAAAAUGAAAGGGGCAUAUUUGCAAAAAUAUUAGAAGGUAGUCUUGAUCUUCAAAGUCCUCCAUGGCCAUCAAUAUCUCCUAGUGCUAAAGAUUUAAUCUCAAAGAUGUUGACAAAAAAUCCUAAGAAACGUAUCACUGCAGACAAAGCCCUCGAGCACCCAUGGCUCAAAGAAGAUGGCGAAGCAUCAGAACAACCUAUGGACAGUGCGGUUUUGAUUCGAAUGAAACAAUUUAGAGCGAUGAACAAGUUGAAAAGGCUCGCAUUGAAGGUUAUCGCGGAAAACCUAGAACCAACAGAAGAGAUAAAGGGCUUGAGACAAAUGUUUAGCAACAUGGACACUGAUGGAAGUGGUUCCAUAACAUAUGAAGAACUUAAAGCAGGACUAUCAAAGCUUGGAUCUAGACUUGUGGAGUCAGAAAUACAACAACUCAUGGAUGCUGCUGAUGUUGAUAAGAAUGGAACAAUUGAUUACAUAGAGUUUGUCACUGCAACAAUGCAUCGACACAAACUCGAAAGGGAAGAAAAUUUGUACAGAGCAUUUCAAUUCUUCGACAAAGAUGAUAGCGGAUUUAUUACCCGAGACGAGUUGAAACAUGCUAUGACACAAUAUGGAAUGGGAGAUGAAGCAACCAUUGAUGAAGUCCUUGAUGAUGUAGAUACUGAUAAGGAUGGAACAAUCAAUUAUGAAGAGUUUGUGACAAUGAUGAGGAAGGGAACGGUUGAAACACGAGAACAUGUUGAAAUACAACUUGGUUUGUAGCGUUGUUAUUUACAACUCAUAAUGAUAUCGGGUUUGAGUGUUGUUUCGUAAAUUAUUAGCCGAAGGUUGGGAAAAGAAAAUGUGACCGUUUGCUCAUUGAUUUAAUCAUUAACAUGUACAUUCAUCA